UCACGCCGAAGAGACAGGCUUAUCCCGCUCUGGCCACUAUCAGCGACACGUUUCCUGGCAUCGGCCAGUGGAACGUCUUCUGGAGUCUCGCACGCGUAGAUGGAGCAAAGGGCCUCAUAAAGGCUGUUCGAGACAUCCAGCUCUACAGCAUGAUGGGUCUACCAUACUUUCUGGUGUCCUUGUGCCCGGUGCAAGAUGUGGAAAACGGCACCAUACACGGCAUCUGCAGCCUUUGGCUGAACUUGGCCGCCUUCUUUCCUGUGGUUCAACGCGUGAAGGUUUUGGAGACGUCAAACGAUGCUUCGACCGAAGAGAUGACCCCCGAGAAGUCGUACAUGAGAGCAGUGAAAGACGCCCGGUCACUGCGCAGCAAGUUCCUUCCUCACCUGUACACGCUGAUCUUCAAAAGCUCCACGACCGGCGCCAUGAUUGUGAGACCUCUAGCGUUCGAGUUUCCAGGUGAGCGUCUGGCACACAUCUACACUACGCAGUUCAUGCUGGGCUCACAUCUAAUGGUGGUUCCAAAGACGCAGUACGAGGAUUCCCGGCUUUCCCUCGACGCUCCAGAGCUGAAUUCGACACCGACGUCGGUGUACCUGCCGCCAGGUGUCUGGUACGAGUGGCAAAGUUGGAGGCGCAUAGUCAGCCGAGGCUCCGUCGUCUACAUGUCCCCGGAAAAUACACCACAGCCAAGAUUGUUAGUGCGUGGUGGAGGAAUUCUGGUCACGAGAAACAACAGGUGACUUCGCCAUAACUGACAUGGCUGAUUAUUUUCUCCGAGGAAGCCUUCGUGGCACAUUUUAUGAUAGAUGUGGUUUCAGUUCCAAAGCAACACAUAGGUAUGGUCGAGUAUAUAACACCCUGCCGGCAUAGUUGGUUCAUAUUUAAAGCACUGUUACAUGAUGGCGCCAGACGGCAAAUGGAGGAGAUGGAACAAGGAAUAGGAAUAAAAUUCAAGCG